ACCAAGAAGAUUCCGCCGAGUUCUUGCAGAUAUAAAAUGAGGCCAAGAACUAGAAGUCAAUGGGAUGAGCACUACAGCAAUUUGAACAAUAAUAAGAAGAAGAGUAAUAUUAGUACUACUGCUAGUAGUAGUGGUGGAGUUAGCCGGAGAAGCAAUCGCCUCCGAAAUUCCCUUAAUUCCGAGCCUAUAAAUAAUAUCGAUCAAGAUUGUAUCUUCAUUUGCGAAGAGAGUACGACCUCGUUUGAUCGGGACAAAGUAAGUAAUUUGAGUGAUAUAAAUAAGAAGAAGUGUAGUACUACUAGUGGUGUUGAUUUGGAGGAGCCUAUAAGUAAUAUGGAUCAAGAUUUCAUUAUAAUUAGUGAGAAGAAUAGUAGUGAAGAUAAUUAUGUAAGUAAUUCCGAGAAAAGAUCAAGCGGAAGAAGGACUAGAAAUUCGGCCUCGUUCGAUCGGGAUUUUCGGGGGAAAAAUAUAGUAAAUGUGAGUGAUAGUGACAAUGUUUCGCAUAGUGACGAUGAUGAUGAUGUGAUUGAAUAUUUGGGGGAAAAGCUUUUCGGUAAUGGCUCUACUUCGAAAUUUUCGACAGAAAAAUCGAGAUCAGAAUCGGAUUCCAAGGCGGGAAAUCAAGAUGACGGGAUUUACUAUUUUAUUACAAAGAGAGAUAACGGCGGGAACAACAGUUUGGAUAGAAGCAAGGAUGUCGAUUUAGGGAAUAAUAGUUCGAGUGACGAUUCGGAUAAGUCGCUUGGUGAUUCGUCUUUGUCCGAAGACGAAUCGACUAGUGACGAUGAAGAAUCUUUGGAUGAUGAUUACAAAGUGGACGAGUCAACGGAUUCUGAACUGUCGGAUGAUUCACACUACGGCGUUGAUGAAAACGAGAAUCGAACCGAGGGAGAAGAGGAGAACUCCUUGAGUACGAUUGACAGCAAGAGAGAGAAAGACGACGAGAGUGACGAGGGCGAUAACCGUGGGAGUCGUUGUUCUAGAAGAAUCUCUAAAGAGGGACGAGAGAAAGAUGUGAUCUUUAUCGAUGCCGUGGAGAAAUCUCCGAUAAAAAAAAGUAUCAGUCAGAACAAAGAAAAUGAUGAUGUCAUCGUUGAGGGCUGUCGUGCAAUUACCCGUAGUAAGACAAAUGCUAAUGAUCGGAAAAAUGAGGCUGCGGUGAUUAGCAAUGAAAGUGAGAACGAGAGGUUUUCUCCCAGCAUCGGAAAUGGCGUUGGUUCCUCGACAGAAAAAUUGAAUAAGUUGAAGAAGAGAAAAGUUUCGAUUUUCGAAGAUUCCGAUACGGCGAAUGAAAACGCGGAUAUUAGUACAACUUCGGUAAAUAAUCUUCCAUCUUAUAGCUGUGGCGUUGGAGAAAAUGAUGAUGUCAUCGUUGAGGGCUGUCAUGCAAUUACCCGUAGUAGAAGUCGUAGUAAUAAGACAAGUGCUAAUAAUCCGGGAAACGAGGAUCUGGGGAUCAGCAUCGACAAUAUUGAGGAGGAGAUGCGUUGUCCAGGCAUCGACGAAUCGAAUAAGAGUGGUUUGAAGAAGACCAGAGCUUCGAUUUUCGAAGAUUCUGACAAAGCAAAUGACAAAGAUUCCGAGUCUCCGAACAAUGAAGUUUCCGGAAAGAAGAAGAAUCGCGCGGAAAGAAACAUUGAAUUAGUCAAGAUUUUGGUGGAGUCGAUUAAUUUAUUCAAGGGGCAAAACCGUCCGAUCGAAGAGAGUGGUUUUAUUCCACGAGAAAGACUUCCGACGAGGUUCCGGUUUGAGGAUGAGGUGGAGCCCACCGUAGAGAAAUCGGAGUGGGAGAAAGAGAUGGAUUCACUAUUCCAUGAUCUUGAAUUGGGGCUUCGUGGAUUAGACACGGAGCACGAUUCGUCUGAGAUGGAAAAUGAUGAUGUGGAGGAUAUCGAUACGAGUCUGGCAGCAUGUUGUCGUAGAGGAGAGCAUCAGCCGAUUCUUGAUGAACAGAUUGGAAUCGUUUGUAAAUACUGUGCUGCUCUGAUUUUGCAUAUAAAAUACGUCCUGCCACCUUUCUACACUCCACCACCGAGGAAACGAGAUAGGAAAGAUAUUGACGUCGAUUCGCCGAACUCCGACACCAAUCAAAUUCAUUUUCAAGACUCCGCCUAUCAUGGAGCAGCUCCUCCCGAUUCCACCAGCAGCCCUGCCGCCAAAGGUGGCGGCACCACCGUGUGGGAUUUGAUCCCGGGAGUUGAAAACGAGAUGUACCCGCACCAAAGAGAGGGAUUCGAGUUCAUAUGGAGGAACAUAGCUGGCUGCAUCGCCCUCGACAAGCUGCAGAAGCAGCCACUCACCGACAGCAGCGGCAAAGGCUGCAUCAUCUCGCACGCGCCUGGCACCGGCAAAACGAGACUGACGAUAGUGUUUCUCGCCUCGUUUCUGAAGCUUUACCCCAACUGCCGCCCCGUCAUCAUCGCCCCCAAAGGGAUGCUCCUCGCUUGGGAAUCGGAAUUCGUCAAGUGGAAAGUCGACAUUCCCUUCCACAACAUGAACAAGGAGGACAUGUCGGAAAACGAGAAAGCAUUCGCCUUCGAAAUCAUCGCACGACUUAGCGGCGGCGGUGGCGGCGGUGGAUUUAGCAGGGAACAAGUUCGGUGGCUGAAGCUGUGUCGGUGGAUGCAAGGCGGCAGCAUACUAGGAAUCAGCUACCAACUGUUCGAAAAACUCGCCGGAGAAAAUCGAGAAGGCGACGAAAACAAAAACGAGAAAAUGAGGGAGAUUCUUCUUCAAUACACAGACCUAUUAGUGCUCGACGAAGGCCACACACCCCGAAACAAGCAGAGCCGAAUAUGGAAGGCACUCACGAAAGUCUCGACGAAAAGAUGCAUUAUUUUAUCCGGUACGCCUUUCCAGAACAAUCUCACCGAGCUCUACAACACCAUCUGCCUCGUGAAUCCAAAUAUCUCGCCCUCUUGGUGUGGAAAUAGCAAAAAGACGAGCGUCGUCGAUAGAAAGAAAUGGAAAGCGAUGCUCGACCCGUUCGUCCACAUCCACAAAGGGACCAUACUCGAGGAAAGUCUACCCGGACUGAUGAACACGCUCGUCUUCUUGCACCCGACCGAGCUCCAGAAGAACCUUCUAGAAGCUUCCGCAAAAGAACGCAAGAUAUUCGCCCGUAUCCGCCUUGUGUCGAUGGUGUCCGUCCACCCCUCGCUCUUCCCGGAGAAGAGAAGAUCCGUCGCUCAGAAGAACAUUCUAGAAGACAUCGAAUCGGAUUUCGAAGCCGGGGUCAAAACGAAGUUCGUCGUGAAGCUAAUACACUUGGCCGAAGCGUUGAACGAACGUGUCCUGAUCUUCAGCCAGUACAUAGAUCCGUUAGUGUUCAUCAAGAACACGAUCAAGUCUCGUUUCUCGUGGAACGAAGGGAGAGAGAUACUAUACAUGGACGGUCAACUAGACGAGAGACAAAGGCAAGACUCAAUAUCGUCGUUCAACGACGAGCGGAGCGGGGCGAAGGUGCUGCUUGCGUCGGAGAGGGCUUGCUCGGAGGGGAUUAAUCUGGUGGGGGCGUCGAGGGUGGUGUUGCUCGAUACGGUGUGGAACCCUUCUGUCGAGAAGCAGGCGAUUAGUAGGGCUUACAGGAUUGGUCAGAAGAAGGUUGUUUACGUGUACCGUUUGUUUACGUCGGGGACUGAGGUUAGGCAGUAUUCGCAGCAGGCGUAUAAGGAGAGGAUUUCGGAGAUGAUAUUUGCUGACUUGGAUGAUGAUGACGUGGAUGGUAGAGAGAUGAAGAAGAAGAAGGAGAUGGUGCAUGAAGAUAAAGUGUUGGAUGCUAUGAUUGGGAUUGAGGGUUUUGGAGAUAUGUUUGAGAAGAUAAUACAUCAGCCUAAGGAAUCUGAUCUCAUUCAAUUGUUUGGUUUGGUUGAUUGUAACUGAAUUAACUGCUAAAGCAGAAAAUAUUUAAAUAAUAUUUUCACUUUAAUGUUCAUGUUGUUUCCAUUU